CGAACUUGAUCGUGUUAGAAGGAACUGUCUAAGGUGUAAAAUCCGCCAGGCUAGUCCAAGGCCUCCAGCUAUGGGUAAUCUUCCACCAGCCCGACUGGCAGCCUACCAGCGACCCUUCUCGUACACCGGAAUAGACUAUUUUGGACCAAUGACCGUGCUAGUUGGCAGGCGUACCGAGAAACGAUGGGGAGUUCUUUUCACCUGCAUGACCACCAGAGGCAUACAUAUCGAGAUCGCACAUUCCCUGUCUACGGAUUCUUGCAUCUUAGCUCUACGUAAUUUCAUCGCAAGAAGAGGUCCACCUUUGGAGAUCAUCAGUGACCGGGGAACCAACUUCAUCGGAGCAUCGAGGGAGCUACGUGAAGCACUGGCGAAGAUCGACGAAGAACGUCUGAAAGUAGAAUUCGUCAGCCCAGAUACUAAGUGGACGUUCAAUCCUCCGGCUGCCCCACAUUUCGGUGGCUGUUGGGAGCGUUUAAUUCAGUCAGUCAAGAAGACCAUGAACGACUUCGACCCCCCGCGUUUACCUUCAGACGAAAUUUUACGAUCCAUGCUGAUGGAAAUUGAAAUGAUAUUGAACUCAAGACCAUUGACAGACAUACCGAUAGACAACGACAAUGAGCCCCCCUUAACACCUAACCAUUUUUUGUUGGGUUCUUCGAAUGGUAGUAAGCCCCCGAUCGUUUUCGACAAUACACCGAUUACUCUGAAACGAUCGUGGACGAUGGCACAACAAUACGCUGAUCUUUUCUGGAAGAAGUGGGUAAAUGAAUAUCUGCCCACGCUGACGCGAAGGACCAAGUGGUUUCAACCCGUGAAGCCCAUUCAGGAAGGAGACUUGGUGAUGGUCGUCGACAAUAACCUGCCAAGGAAUUGCUGGCCAAGAGGACGUGUGAUCAAAGCUGUUCCGGCGCAUGAUGGUCAGGUUCGUCGUGUUACUAUUCAGACAUUAAAGGGGCUUCUAGAGAGACCUGCUACCAAGGUUGCCGUGUUAGAUGUCGGUGCAACAGGAGGUAAGCCACAGGGACAGUGACGUACCGAGGGGGAGUGUCACAACCGUCCGGAGUGAAGCACCUUUCACUAAUAGCCACUUUGCCACUUGCCGUCAAUCAGAAUUUUGAAUCACGAAAUGUGAUCAAAGUAACCGCAGGUCUUUACUAACGAAAAAUCAUAAGCAGAGCAAGUGUGCGAGUGAAUUGUGUGCCGAGGUAAAAUUGUGAAACGUUUAAGCAAAUAUUGUUUGUAAAUCCUAAUUUUUCCUAAUUUAGUAAGAUAGUAGCUACAAGCAGUUGUGAGUGGUAGAAACAUUCGUUAGACCAUAAUAAUUAUAUGUACUACCAAUCAGCUCACGUGCUGCACGAAAGCAUACGAAACACGUGCUACCAAAGUUGCGAGCACAGAUUAGGCAGAAGGGAACUAAACGUAAGUCAUUUAUUUCACUUAACUAUAAAAACGAUUCGAACCAAACGAAAUCAUGAACUAUGUGGCAAUUAACGUAGGAAUUUUCUUUGUAAUUUUCUCUGA